AUGAAGAAACUUUGGGAAGAGCUAAAUACGUUGAUUGCACAUGCUCAGUGCAAAUGCAAUUGCACAUGUGGGUUUUUCAAUCCUUAUCCAAGAGGAGAAACAAAGAGAGGUCAAGCCGAGCAAUCAUUGAUGAUUGAAUCUACUGCCUUCAGUGUCAAUAGAUCAGGGGGUAAUCCUUUCAGGACUAAUUUUGGUCAACAGACAAACACUACAGACAAUACUGGUUAUACAAACUUCAAUCAGCAGGGAAAUAAUACUGGAAACAACAACUACAGGGGAGGAUAUUCUGGGAGAUUCAAGGUUCAACAAAGGAAAAGAAUUGCUGCAAAUGUACAUGGAGGUCAAGGAGAAAAUGGCAUUGAAAGUGGAGAUGGAAAUAAUGUGCAGAUGGAGGAACAUGACAGAACUAUGCAGAACCUUACCAAGGAGCAAUAUAAUCAGUUGCUGAGCAUCUUGGAGAACUUUCAUGCUGGAAAUGGAGGAAAUGAACUGAAAGCAGGAGCUGUGAACUUUGCAGGUAUCUCAGCCUAUUCAACUCAUUUUGGUUCUGGUUUCAACUUAUAUGAAUGUUCUAAAUCUGUUGCUGACUCUUGGAUACUUGAUUCCGGAGCAUCAAACCAUAUGAAAUAUAAUAAAUCCAUGUUAUCCAAUGUGAAAAUCUUAGUAUAUCCUUUCCUGGUUACUUUGCCUAAUGGUUAUAAGGUGAAGGUGACAUUGAUGGGAGAUAUAGUGAUGAGUCCUAGGUUCACUCUGAAAAGAGUCCUUUUUGUCCCUAGCUUCAAGUUCAACCUAAUCUCAGUACACUGUUUAACAGUUCAACUUGAUUGCUUUGUCAUAUUUACCAAAUUCUCUUGCAUCCUUUUGCAGGCCCCUUCACUGAAGAGGCCUCUAGCAAUUCGUGAGAGUAAGGAUGGUCUGUACCUCUACACAUCAGAUUCUUGCAAGUCCAACACCUCAGAAUUCUGCAAAUCUAACCCCCUAGUACUUGAGAAGUCAUCUAGUAUACCAAAUAAAGGUGAUAUAAUCACUCAGUCUAUUUCAUAUAGUGUAAGCAGUAGCAGUAGUGUUAGUCCACACUCUGUUUCACACAUUACACCUAGUUUACAUAACUCUAUUUCCUCUACUAUCCCUAGAUCACACACUUCUCUUCAUGAAUGUAAUAAAGAUGUCAAAAAUUCUCAUGUGCAGAAUGAAAGAAAUAUUAGUCCUACAUGCAAUGCAUCUAUGACUGAUAAAACCAUGAUUGAUCUUUUGUGGCACAAUAGAUUGGGACAUGUACCCUUUGUCAAAAUGAGAGGGAUUGAGUCCAUACCUGUUCACUUUUCAACCAAACAACCUUUCAUUUGUCCAAUUUGCCCAAUGCCUAGACAAAAUAGACUACCAUUCUCAGAAAGAACUAUAGCUACAACCAAGAUCUUUGAAAUCCUUCAUGUUGAUUUGGGGGGGCCCUAUCAUGUGCCAACCCAUGAUAAGAAAAGGUACUUCAUCACUCUAGUAGAUGACUACAGCAGGUGCACUUGGACACACCUUCUUAGCUGCAAAAGCAAUGCCCUACAGGUAGUCAAGGCUUUCUCUGCCAUGGUAAAGAACCAAUUCAACUGUUCCAUUAAGACCACUAGAACUGAUAAUGGCCUUGAAUUCAUAAAUUCUGAAAUCGCUUCCUUUCUACAGUUUGAGGGGAUAAUACAUCAGAAAACAUGUCCCUAUACACCUCAGCAAAAUGGUAUAGUUGAAAGAAAAUACAAGUACCUUCCAGAGACAGCCAAGGCACUGUUGUAUCAAUCUAAACUUCCCAUGCAAUACUGGGGAGAGUGUAUCCUCACCUCAACUUACUUGAUUAACAGACUUCCUUCUACCACUCUAAAAAAUGAAUGUCCAUUGGAAUUACUCUACAAAAGAAAACCCAAAUACUCUCACCUCAAAAGUUUUGGAUGCUUGUGUUUUCCUACAACCCUAAAAACUCACAAAGAUAAAUUUGAAUCUAGAUCUAUACCUUAUGUUUUUGUGGGAUAUCCCUUUGGGAAAAAGGGCUACAAGGUGCUCAAUCUAGUCACAAAGAGAAUUCAUGUGUCAAGGGAUGUUAUAUUUCAUAUAAGUGUAUUUCCUUUUGCUUUACACUCCAGUUCCAAUAGAGUGUUUCCCUCAUUUCCACAAGUAGAUUCAGAUUUAGCACAAGAUCUAUUCCCCUCUCAUGGGUCAGCAUCUGUCCCUAGUUCUCCUAGUCCAUCACUCCCAACUAUGUCACCUGAUGCCUCAUCACCAGGGCCAAGUGAACCUAACACUCAUACAACCUCAAACUCAGAAGAACACUCCUUUUUUCUUAACAACAAUGAAACAUUCUCAAAUAACACUCCUAGCUCAACAGUACAGGAACCUAAUGAAAAUCUAGGAAGGCCUUCCAGGACCCUCAAAGUACCUACUUACUUGAAAGACUACAACUAUUCACUUCCCAAAUUGCAAAUAAAUCAUCCAGAUUCCCCCUCCAGUAGCAACCGAAGCACUACCUCACCCUCCUUCAAUAUUUCCAUACCAAAUGCCAAAUGUGUUUCACUCAAUGCUUUAAGUUCUGACGGUCAGCAACUAAUCAGAACCAUUUCACAUGAGACUGAACCCAGUUCAUAUGAGGAGGCAGCUGCUGAUCCUGCUUGGCAGGCAGCUAUGCAUCAGAAGUUUGAGGCUCUUUAUGCUAAUCACAUUGGACCUUUGUGCCACUCUCAGUUGGAAAAAGGGCAAUAG